CCACGGAUUAGGAAAUUACAAUGCCGCCCCCACAAACACCGCUUCUCUCACCACCACCAUUUUUAUGAUUCUUCGCCUCCUUCCGCCUUUCACCCUUUUUUUUUCUUCUCAUUUGCUCUCAGCAAUCGGAAUUUGUAGUCCGACGACGACGCGAGAGUCGGCCGGUGGCUGCGUUUCAGAACGUGUGAUAUAUAGAGAGCAGGAAAAUCAGCUCGUAAUCGCGAGGAACCGGGAAUCAAGCUCCGGUUUAUUGUGUUUUAUUUUAUCUAGUCUUCCACAACUUUUUGCUCCAUUCACCGCCAUCGGGUUAUCGCAGACGAUAAGAUGGGAAGCAAACAAAUUGAUAAUGUUACCCAUGUUACCGAUUCGAACUCCAUUGUCGACAGCAAUGCCGUAAAUGAUAGUGUCGACAACAAUGCCGUAAAUGACAGUGUUGCUACUAGUGAAAGCGAGAGCACUCAAGUUCACAAAUAUUCUGAGUCUGUCAGGACCUUGCACAAUGUGGCUUACAUUUAUAGACAAGAUGUGGUAAAGCACAAGGAAACUGGUUUAAUAGGGAUAGUAGAUGAGGUGGCUGGUGACUCUGAUUCAGACAGUAGCAUCACUGAUGAUGACGAUGACGAUGCUGACGAAGAUGAUGGUCUUGAUGAGGAUGAUGAUGCUGACGGUGAUGGUGAUGGUCAAGAUGAUACUGCUGAUGGCUGUACCAACAAUGACAAUGAGAAUAGUGACCAGAAGAAAACCGGAGGAAACCGUAAAAGAGAAGCACUUCAGGCUGAUCAGGUUCGAGUACUUUGGAUGCACGAAAUGGAACAAGUACAAAGCAUUAAUGAUGUAAAAGUCAUCGAUCGGGGUUUCUUGCAUGGUGAUUAUGUUGCUUCUGCUUCAGACCCAACCGGGCAAGUAGGAGUUGUGGUGGAUAUCAACGUCUCUGUUGAUUUGUUAGCUCCUGAUGGUUCAGUAGUGAACAAUGUAUCAUCCAAAGGCUUGAAGCGGGUGAGGGAGUUUGUCGUAGGAGAUUAUGUAGUACUUGGCCCUUGGCUCGGACGAGUUGAUGAUGUCAUGGACAAUGUGACUGUUUUAGUGGAUGAUGGUUCGGUCUGCAAAGUACUGGGUGCUGAACCACUCCGUCUCGAACCUAUUUCCAAGAGUUUCUUCGAUGAAGAUGAUCAUUUUCCUUACUACCCUGGGCAGCGUGUGAGAGCAAGCUCGUCCUCGGUAUUCAAGCAUUCCCGAUGGUUAUAUGGUUUGUUUAAGCCUAAUAGAUUAGAAGGAACUGUUACCAAAGUCACAGCAGGAUCAGUAUUCAUUUAUUGGAUAGCUUCUGCUGGCUAUGGUCCAGAUUCUUCAACAGCUCCUGCUGAAGAGCAGAACCCUAAAAAUCUAAAACUGUUGUCUUGCUUUGCUCAUGCCAAUUGGCAAGUAGGAGAUUGGUGUCUUGUCCCCCCAAAUGUUCUAAAAUCAUCCUCCAUUACUACAGACACUGAAUUAUCCAAUUCAGGACUCUGUGAUUCGGUGAAAGAUAAAUUGGUUUCUAGUCAACUAGGAAAAGAUUGUGAGGGUGAAGAGGUUCGGUUAGAGGAAUUGGAUGAGAAUAAGGAAGCCAUGAGCAUUGAUGCAGAGGUGCCUCCUACUGGCGAUAGUGCAGCUAAAACUGGAACUAACAAAGAGUUUCAGGAAUCAAACUCCUGCAGUAAUUCUGCAUCUGUUUCAAAGGAGCCAGUGCAUGAAACUUGGCCACUUCACCGCAAGAAGAUACGUAAGGUUGUUGUCAGGAGGGAAAAGAAGCAUCGAUUGAAGGAAGAGAAGUUCGAAAGAGCAUUUCUUAUUUUCAAUACAAGGACAAGUGUUGAUGUUGCUUGGCAGGAUGGAAGUUUGGAGCGUGGAAUGGAUUCCACCAAAUUAAUUCCUAUCGAUAGUCCUGGCGAUCAUGAAUUUCUCUCUGAACAGUAUGUAGUGGAGAAGGCAUCUGAUGAUACUGAAGAUAAUAAUUCUUCUGAAGUAAGGCGAGUUGGAGUGGUGAAGAGUGUUAAUGCGAAGGAACGAACAGCACUUGUGAGGUGGUUAAAACCAGUUGUUAGGGCUGAAGAUCCUCGUGAGUUUGAUAAGGAGGAAAUCGUGAGUGUUUACGAGCUCGAGGGGCAUGGUGAUUAUGAUUAUUCUUAUGGAGAUGUUGUUGUGAGAUUGUCUCCAGUUUCUACUCAAACUAUCUUUGAUCGGCAACCCUCCUCUCACAAGCCAAAGCAGCAAAAUUUGACGGAUGAUGAUGCUUCGAAUCCCGCAGAAGAUGAAGAGAAAUCAGAGUUGGUGAUACCUGGGGAGGAAGCUAGUAGCAUGGACUGCUACUCAGAUCUCUCUUGGGUUGGGAAUAUAACUGGUCUUCACAAUGGAGAUAUUGAGGUGACAUGGGCUGAUGGAAUGGUCUCUACGGUUGGACCUCAAGCUGUUUUUGUGGUUGGCCGUGAUGAUGAUGAUGAGUCUGUUGCUGUUGGUAGUGAAGUGAGUGAUGAUGGUGCUAGUUGGGAAACAGUUAAUGAUGAUGAAGAUGAUGACGAGAUGGAUGCCCUUGAGAAUUUUGAAGAGGAAGAACGGUUGCAAAAUGCAACCAACAUAAACUCUGAUGUGGAGGAGAACGUGGAGAAUAGCAAUGCUGUGAGAAGUCCAGCAGUUUCACUGUCCUUGGCAGCAUUUGGAUUUGUUACGAGAUUGGCUACUGGAAUAUUUUCACGUGGGCGGAAAAGUUCUGAUUCAGAGCUACUGGAGAACAGAAACGAAUCUGAAUCUCAGGGAUUGAUCUCCAUUGCUGAAGAUAGAAAUUCCAGUGACACUUCUGGCUCUGUGAAGUCUAAUGUCAUUGAUCCUAAAAGUCCGCAUGGGGAAGAAGAAGUAAAUGGGGUCAUGGAAGUUGCUGCACCACCACAACCUUUUGGCGAUACGAAGGUUGAGAACACGAAUACGUCAUUAAGACAUGUUGAGGAGGAUGCAAGCAAGUUCAAACGGUUUGACACGGCAAAAGAUCCUUCUGACCAUUAUUACGUGGGAUCAGUUGGACAGUCUAGCAAUAGCCGGAAAUGGUUAAAGAAGGUACAGCAAGAUUGGAACAUUCUUCAGAACAACCUUCCAGAUACUAUUUUUGUACGAGUAUAUGAAGAUCGAAUGGAUCUUUUGAGGGCAGUAAUAGUUGGUGCAUAUGGAACCCCUUACCAAGACGGGUUGUUCUUUUUCGAUUUCCACCUUCCACCAGAGUACCCUGAUGUUCCACCGUCAGCAUACUAUCAUUCUGGUGGUUUGAGAAUAAACCCAAAUCUUUAUGAAGAGGGCAAGGUGUGCCUUAGUCUUUUGAAUACUUGGACUGGCAGAGGAAAUGAAGUUUGGGAUCCGAAUUCUUCUAGUAUCUUGCAAGUCCUCGUUUCGCUUCAAGGGCUGGUGUUGAAUUCUCGGCCUUAUUUCAAUGAAGCUGGAUAUGACAAGCAAGUUGGAACUGCUGAAGGAGAAAAGAAUUCACUUUCCUACAACGAGAACACGUUCUUACUGAACUGCAAAUCCAUGAUGUAUCUUAUCCGAAGGCCUCCAAAGGAUUUUGAGGAGCUUGUGAAGCUGCAUUUCAGGAAUCGUGGUCAGUACAUUCUCAAGGCAUGUGAUGCAUACAUGAAAGGGAGUCUGAUUGGGUCUCUUAAGAUGGAUGCAUCUAUAAGCCACGACGCCAGUUCCAAUUCGAGCUCAGUUGGUUUCAAGAUAAUGCUUACUAAGAUUGUCCCCAGACUAUAUUCAUCACUAAGCGAAAUUGGAGCUGAUUGUGAAGAGUACAAGCAUUUGCUGCAGUUAUAGCAGGCUGCUAGGAGCAUGAUCUGAUUUACUUGUCGUCGAUCUUCCUUCCAACAUUUGUGGAUACCGAAGUCAAAACGAAAAAGAGGGGAGAAGGGUUUUCUUUGUCUCUGAACUCAAUGGCUGUGCUUUCAAAACGGCCGAUAACUUGUAAAUUCAGAUUGGCUUUUCUGGAUGAAAAAGCCUCUGAUAGUUUUAGCUUUAACUGUGUUUCUUCUUUGUCAUCUAACAUGACUGGAUAGGAACAUUUCUAUUUUAUAUAUUUUGUUUCAUUCCUUCUCUAUUCGAAUUGGGAAUAUUGCUGCUUGACUGCAUAGUUUGAAGUCUCUUCUCUGGGAUCUUGAAGACUAAAAGGACUUUGGGUUCUUUGUUAUGGUAUUGUAGUUGAAGGGAAAAGUAUUCCCUCGCCACUUGAAAUGUAAUCUAGGGAUCUAGGAAAUGAGAGUCAGGAACAAGUUCUUCCUUUGUACCAUUACUGCUGUAUUCAUAGAAAAGGCUCAAAAUGAUAGUAAUAGUGUC